UUUUUUUUUUUUCUUCUUUGCUUUGCUUUCAUAGUUAGUUCAUAUUAACCUUCUUUAUCAUAAAUAUGGAGCAAUUUCUUGCAGGUCUCGAUGAUCUUUUAACAAAGUUAGCUCAGGCACAAGAUUCAGAGACUAUCAGAAAUGCUACAUCUAUUUUGAAUACACAAUAUUAUGCUUCAGCUGACUGUGUCCCUGCUCUUGUAGAGAUUAUCUCACGUUCACCUCAUUUUCAAGUACGUCAAUUAGCCGCAGUUGAACUCCGUAAGAGAAUUACAAAAUGGUGGCCUCAAAUUCAAGAAGCCUUGAAGGUUAAUUUACGCUCUCAACUAUUAUCUAUUGCCCUUAAUGAGCAAAAUGAAACUGUUCGUCACUCCAUUGCUAGAGUUAUAUCUUCUGUAGCUAGUAUUGACAUGCCUGAUGAGAAAUGGCCAACACUGUUAAACUUUUUACAGGAAUCAUGUGCCAGCCAAAACGCCGCUCAUCGUGAAGUAGGCAUUUAUUGUUUAUAUACCUUAUUCGAAGUGAUUGCUGAUCUUUUUAUGAACAAUACAGCUAGUUUGUUUCAACUUUUCAAUAAAUUAAUUGUUGACGCUGAAAGUAAAUCUGUUAGAAUUACUACAGUCUUAGUCCUUGGUAAACUUUCAGAAUUUGUCGAUAGUGAAGAUAAAUCUACUAUUAAAAUGUUCAGAGCCAUUCUGCCCAACAUGGUUAAUGUUUUAGAACAAUGUAUUAAGGACGGUGAUGAAGAAAACGCUGCAAAAAUCUUUGAAGUUUUUGAUACAAUGUUAAUGCUGGAUGCACCUUUAUUGAGCGAACAUCUUGCUAAUUUAAUCGACUUUUUCUUGACAAUCGGUGCCAAUACUGAGUUAGAUGAUAGUAUUCGUGUUUUUGCUCUAUCCUUCUUAAUGUGGGCAGCUGUUUACAAACAAAAUAAGAUCAGACAUUUGAAAUUAGUGGGUCAUAUUGUGGAAAGAUUAAUGCCUAUUGGUACUGAAGAGGAUCCUGAAGAUAUUGAUGAAGAUUCUGCAUCUCGCUUAUCAUAUAAAGUUUUAAAUGCUUUAGCAACAAACAUCCCUCCUCAACAAGUAUUCCCAAUCGUAAUGCCUUUUGUUCUUAAUUAUAUCCAAAAUCCCAACCCAAAUUAUCGUAAAGCUUCCAUGAUGGCAUUUGCUGUAACAGUUGAAGGUUGUACAGAUAUUAUCGCCAACAAAUUAAAUGAACUUCUUCCUCUUGUUUGCACUGGUCUUCAAGAUUCUGAAAUUAUCGUUCGUCGUGCUGCUUGUAUGGCUCUUGGAUGUCUUGCCGAGGAAAUGCCUGCCGAUAUUUCUGAACAUCACCAAGUUUUAUUACCUCUUGUUUUCAAUUUGAUGAAUGAUAAUAAUCCUGAAGUUACAAAGCAUGCAUGCAAUGCUCUUGAUGCUAUUCUUGAGGGUCUUGGUUCAGAUAUUGUUCAAUACCUUCAAUUAUUGAUGGAAAAACUUUUAUUUUUAUUGGAUAACGGUGUAGAGACCGAGACUCGUGCUACUGUCAUAGCUGCCAUCGGCAGUGCUGCUCAUGCCGCAGGUGAAGUCUUUCAUCCUUACUUUAACCAAGUUUUACCCCGAAUUGUUCAAUUUAUGUCACUUAAGGAAUCUUCUGAUGACCAAAUGCUUCGUGGCGUUGCUACUGAUACAAUUGGUUCAAUUGCAGAAGCAGUUGGUGCUGAUAUUUUCCGUCCUUAUGUACAAAACUUGAUGGCCUUAGCAGUUGAGCAACUUCAUUUAGAUUCUCCUAGUCUUCGUGAAUGUUCAUUUGCUUUGUUUUCUAAUCUUGCACGUGUCUUUGGUGAAGAGUUUGCUCCUUAUUUGCCCACUAUUGUUCCUGAAAUCUUAAAGUCCUGUAAGGCUGAAGAAAAGAAUGAAACCGUGUUGGAUGAAGAGGUUGAUUUGACUACAGGUGACAUGGAUGAUGAUAUCGAUGAGGACUUUGAAAACUUUAAUUUCAACUCUGCUAUUGCUGAUGAAAAAGAAUUUGCUGUUGACGCCUUAGGUGAACUCUUUGCCAACACAAAAUCUCAUUUCUUACCUUAUAUUGAAGAAUCCCUUGUCGAACUUCAGAAACUUGCUGCUCAUUUAUAUGAUAACGUUCGUAAAUGCGCUAUUCAAAGUAUGUUUACUUUCCUCAAGACUUUUUAUACCAUGUCUAAUCCUGUUCCUUGGACUGUCGGUGUCUCUGCUACUUACCCUGUUCACGAUAAUAUCAAAAGUCUAGCCAGCACCGUUAUUCCCAUGACAUUAGAAUUAUGGAAGGAAGAGGAUGAUCGUUCUGUCGUUGCUCAAAUUUGUCAAGAAUUCGUUACUGCCCUUCGUUUAAUGGGUCCAUUUAUUGUUUCAGGUUGUCUUGAAGAUGUUGCGCAAAUCCUUUUAGAAAUCUUCCAAAAGAAGUCUCUCUGCCAACAGACCUUUGAUGAUGGCGACUAUGAGGAAGAGGAUGACGAAAUUGAAUCCGAGUCACUCUUGAUUACAUCUGCAGGUGACCUUGUUGCUGCUCUCUGUGAGACAGUGGGUCCUAAUUUCGCCAAGUACUUUGAAGUCUACAUGCCUCUUAUGAUUAAAUAUUAUAAACCUACCAAGACACAGUCUGAAAGAUCGAUGGCUAUUGGCUGUCUAGGUGAAUGCAUUGCUGGAAUCAAGUCUGCUGUCACAUCUUACACUGAACGUUUAUUGCCCAUCUUUGUAAAGGCCUGUGGUGAUGAAGAUGAACUUGUACGUAGUAACGCUGCCUUUGCCUUAGGUUGUCUCACUCUUCAUACACAAAUUGACUUGAGUCCUCAUUAUGGUCAACUCUUGACUGCUCUUUCGCCCCUCUUUAGCAACCAAACUUUACCUAAUACAGUGGACAAUGCCGCUGGUGCAGUUGCUCGUUUAAUUUUAGCACAUCCUGAGGCUGUACCUUUAGACCAAGUUUUACCUACCUUUGUGAAUGCUUUGCCAUUGAAAGCUGAUUAUGAAGAAAAUCAACCUGUCUUUGAUUGUAUCUUCCAAUUAUUCUCUACUAAUAAUGCCUUUGUCCUUGGUCAUUUGCCUCAAUUCCUUCAUAUCUUCACCCUUGUCCUUGCCGAUAAUGAACAAUUAAAGGAAAAUACUCGUAAUCAUUUGAUUGAACUCAUUCGUCAUCUGAACGCUCAGUCACCAGAGUUAAAUAUUGCUUCCAGCGACUUGGCACGUUUCUUGUAAUAUCCAAACAAAAAAAAAAAAAAGAAAUCAUUUUAUAUAAUAAUCAUGUUUAUUAUAUGUUGUUCUGUGUACAUGCAUGUAAUAUUUUGCUUUUAUUAUUAUUUUUCUCUGUAAUUAUACUUUUUGUGAAAUAAAUUAUCCAUAUUAUUCUUUUU